AUUCAGAAGACUUCAACGCCGAUGGUAAUUGACUCAAGAGGUUACCAAAUCAGUAUCCAGUCCAUGUACGUUGACGGGACUCCUUUGACGAUUUUUGGCGAAGUCCCAACCAGACUAAGCACGGUGGUUCCAUACACCGUACUCAAGACCGAUAUCUACAAUGCUCUUGCUCAGUCAUUUACACUCAAGGCAGAGGCAAUGGGGAUAUCUAAGGUCACAUCUGUUGCGCCGUUUAAAGAUUGUUUCGAUGCACGAAACAUCGCCGUAAAGAAUACCGGACCGGACGUGCCGGAGAUAGAGUUUGGGCUGCCGUGGAAGACAGGGGAGGUGAAGUGGGGAUUUUAUGGUGCUAAUUCGGUGGUGGAAGUUAGUGAGAUGGUGACGUGUUUGGCAUUCUACGACGGCGGGCAGUAUCCGGAGGAUUCGAUUGUGAUUGGGACACAUCAACUUCAAGAUUAUUUGUUGGAGUUUGACUUUAGCACGUCUACUUUCUCUUUUAGUGACUCACUCUUGCUUCAUGAUACAAACUGCUCCACUCGGCCUUCCUAAAAUAGAAUCAAUCACAUGCAUAUGCAUGACAUUAUGAUAUCAUCCCGUUGCUCUUAAAUAAUACCUUCUUUAUGUGAUCACAUCUUUU